UAUAUAAAUAAAAUAUAUUGGCGCUUACUCUAAGAACCCUAUAUUAUUACCUAACUUGCGUGUAGAUGGAUCAACGUUCGAAAAAUAGUUGUGAUGAGGGUUUUAAAUACAUCAUCAUGGAAGAUGAGGUGGCGACAAGGAAGCGGAGCCAAGCGGAGGAAAUGCAAGCUAAAAAGCUGGAGGUUAUGGGUGCCGCCACCUCAAAGUUUUGUCGUCACUUAACUUCUUUAAAGGUGUCGGCAGCUAUGGCUUUGUUGACGGGAACCCUUCUCUGGGUUGGCGGACUGCUGCAGACGGCGGUGCUCAGCCGUGAAAAUACGGCAUCAAAGUCUUCAUUCUAUACUGGACUCGCAACACAGAGGGUUUAUAGGAACAAUGGGUACCUAGUUGUUAUAGCCAAUGGAGGGUUGAAUCAAAGGCGACUCGCGAUUGUUGAUAUGAUUGUGGUUGCAAGAUAUUUGAAUGUUACACUUAUUGUCCCUCUAUUCGACAAUGGAACAUAUUGGAAUGAUAACAGCACAUUUGCAGAUAUAUUUGAUCUCAAUCAUUUAAUAACAUCUCUAAAAGAUGAAGUCCUCAUAGAAGAAGAGUUUCCUCAGGAGCUGAAGAAGCAAGAAGAGUCAUUUUAUUCCAUGGUUCCCACAAGUUUCGCUAGCUUGACAUAUUACUACGACAGGAUACUUCCUCGCAUAAAACAGCGUGGGGUUUUGCUUUUCACUUUGACAGACGCUAGGGUAGCCAACAAUGGGUUACCCGAAGAGUUCCAAAAGCUUCGGUGUAGAGUGAACUACGAAGCAUUGAGAUUCACUGAGGCAAUUGAACAAACAGGUAGACGAAUCGUUAGUCUGUUGAGACAAAAGGGCCCUUUCUUGGUUCUUCAUCUUAGAUAUGAAAUGGACAUGGUAGCAUUUACCGGUUGCGUUGAAGGUUUAACCACACAAGAGGUUAUAGAAGUUACAGAAAUGAGGCACUCGCACAAAGAUUGGAAGAACGAACACAUAGAUUCAAGGAGUAGGAGAAAGCAUGGAUCUUGCCCUUUAACUCCCGAAGAAACUGCUCUUGUAUUGCAAGCAUUAGGUAUUCACAGAAACACCACAAUCUAUAUCGCUGCUGGAAAAAUUUACAAUGAAGACAAGAGAAUGGCCAAACUAAGAAAGGCUUAUCCAAAUCUGGUGAGAAAAGAGGUGGUAUUGGAACCCUGGGAGCUUAGGCCCUUCAUAAACCACGCGGAUCAAAUGGCAGCUUUGGAUUAUAUUGUUGCGAUUGAAAGCGAUAUUUUCAUUCCCACUUUCCGAGGAAACAUGGCCAAAGCCGUCGAAGGCCAUCGCAGAUACAUGGGAUUCAAGACAUCAAUUCUUCUAGACGCAGAGAUUCUAGUUCCAUUAAUCGAUGACUACUACAAAAGAACAUUGAGUUGGGAUGAAUUUGCGUUGAUGGUGAAGAAAACUCAUCAGCAUCUUGUUGGAAAACCACAGAAGAGAAAGGAAAUUCCAGAUCAUCCUAGAUACGAAGAUUUUUUCUAUUCUAAUCCACAAGAAUGUUUGCCUCCAUUUCCUCACUGAUCACUACUGCUACAUACCUAAAACCAAGGAUGUCUUUUUUAUUUUUUUUACUUUUAUUACACCCCCUGUGUUCUUUUGUUACACCCAAUAAGUCCUUUACUUGGCAUCUAAAUAAGAUGAACCUCUUCA